GCCCGGCCGUCAGGGGCGGAGACAGCAGGCGGCGCCGCGCUCCGAAAGCGAGCGCUACGGGAGCCGCGGCCCGGCGGGAGGAAACACCUGCACGAGUCUGCCACCGCCCGGGCUGGCAGCGGCACUACAGGUCCCAGCAUGUCUAAAGAGCUGCAGGAGCUGCAGAAGCAAUGGCACUUCAUCGUGCAGUCCAUCCACAGCAACUCAAACGUCGUUGCGUUCAUGAACUCCCGCCUGGGCCUGUAUUUGGAUGACCAUCCCUUUGUUGCCUUAUCGCUCCUGAUGUUCAUUGCAGUGUCUACUAUUCCUGUGGCAUUUUUCCUCAUCUUUGUCAUUACGACAGUCAUAAUGGCUUGUGUUGGUGUGAUAAUCAUGGAAGGUGUUGUGAUAUCCAUCGGGGGCGUAGCCCUGCUCUGUGUGCUCUGUGGCCUGGGUGCGCUUUCACUGGGAGUUUCUGGAGUGCUGAGUGUUUGUUACAUCAUUCUUUCAGCUCUGGUCAACUGCUGGUGUGCCUCAAGGAGCCAGGCGAGGAAGCAAGAAGUUAAUGGAAGCUCACCACAGAAGAGUCUGUCUGUCAUGGACUUCUCUGACAACAAACGAAAGAACAAAUAGUGGGAUUCUGCCCAUCUUCAAACACUCCGCUGUGCAGGUCUGUCCUUUGCAAUGUAAUCGUUUACUUGUUAAGCAUCCAACCUCAGUGCACUUCAUAUGGGAGCUGAAAGAGCCGGCGUGCGUCGUGCGUUGUCACUGUAACAGCAAUGGUGGGAGCACGCGCUGAGCAGCACAGCGUGACACUGCGUGAGCGAGGGAAUGUUCUGCAGAGCUGGGGAGAGGGAUGCAACUGUCACAGCAGAGUUGGGGGCAGUUGGGUAAGAGAAGGGCUGGGCAGUGUUUGCCUGUGCUCCUGGAGCUCUGGCUGCACUGUUGUUUGCAACGCGUGCGCAGUGGUUUGGCCAUUUCAUACGUAAGUGUUAAAGCCCAGAACAUCAGAAAUGCUUUUGAAAGGUGAAAAAUUUCUAAGUGCUAACAGCCCGUGUUAAAAUACUGUGAGUGUACCACACUAAUGCUGUGUGUUGUGAGAGGAAAGCAGGUUUCAUCACGCCUUAAUUGUGGUGUAAGCUUUUGCACACCUAUACAGCUGCAGGGAUGUUUUCCUGCACUCGCUGCCACCUCACUGCAGCUGUUUGCAGCCUGCCCUUCUGUUCUGCCCUGCUCUGGGUGCUUAAGUGGCCUGUUCUGCUUCUUGGUUGUAACCUCUCACUUUGUUGAAACUUUUUCCAUUUUUGACAAUGCUGUCAUAGUUCUAAGCAUUAUCUAACUGUCUGAGUUUAAUAAAGUGCUGUUUGUUUAA